UUGUUAGUCGAGAGGCGAACGCCGAAAGCUCGACGUCCAACUUGAAAUGGCAACCAUGUCCUACUUUCCACGCGGCGCAUGAUCAUUGGAAUUCGGAGGCGUCGAGGAGGAAGCGACAUAAAGCAUCGAGGUCGAAAAUUGAGCAAGGUGCGAAUGAGAGGGGUGGGCGGAAAUCGGAAAUACAGCAGUGGCUGCAUGCAAGUGACUGAUAGCCAGCCGUCUGGGUCGGAUUCAGGCACCGGUGGACAGAGCAAUCACCACGCGUGACGUGUUUCACGAUCAGGUGAUCAGCCUUACUUCUUUCAUUCGCUGGACCCUCAACCUGCUCUACUCCAAGACAUAGAGGGAAAGUCGCGAAACCGGCCCACUUGAUACGUCCUCGGACAUGGGUCACUGUCUAUCUGUAGCGCACCGGCCAUUUUUGUGUUGGUUGCGACGGUUCCAGGUUUUGGAGCCCG